CUUUGAUGGGCAAUUAAAAUGAUACAAUUACAAUUACAAUACAUUUCCUGAAGGGACCUCGUGAAUGCCGGGGUGAAGGCUGAGACUUACAGAGCGGAGCAGGAAUUUCCACCUUCCCACAAACCCCGCUGCUGUGCUUGUGCCGUGCUUGAUCCUGCUGCCGUGUUUGUGAGGUGACUGCCGCGUAGGGGACUCGGCCGGCAUGGAGAGGCAGCCUGUUCCCGUUCCUCUGUCUCUGUGCCUGCGGGGGUGUGUCUGGCCCCCGCUCUGGUGGCUGUGGGUCCUGUCCUCCUCCCUCCGGGCUGCGAUGGGUGACCCCUCCUACAGCGGCUUCCACCCGGAGCGCCGGGAAUGGUCCUUCAACCACCUGGCCGUGCACCACACCACAGGUGUGGUCUACGUGGGUGCGGUCAACCGCAUCUACAAGCUGUCGGCCAACCUGACGCUGCUGGUGUCCCACGACACCGGUCCCGCUGCCGACAACAAGGCCUGCUACCCCCCCCAGACGGUGCAGCCGUGUGCCGAGCCGCUCGCCCCCACCGACAACGUCAACAAGCUGCUGCUCAUCGACUACAGCCACAGCCGGCUGCUGGCCUGCGGCAGUCUGCGUCAGGGCGUCUGUCGUGUGCUGCGGCUUGGGGAUCUCUUCACGCUGGCCGAGCCAUCACAUCACAAGGAGCACUACCUGUCCAGCGUGGAGCAGCCGGGCUCCAUGUUCGGCGUGAUCGUGCCCUCGGCCGGCCCCGACGCCACGCUGUUCAUCGGCACGGCCGUGGGCGGGAAGCAGGACUACUUCCCCACGCUGUCCAGCCGCAAGCUGCCGCUGGACGCCGAGUCGGACGCCAUGUUGGACUUCCAGCUGCACAGUGACUUCGUGUCGUCGCUGGUGAAGAUCCCGUCCGACACGCUGGCACUGGUGCCGCAAUUCGACAUCCACUACCUGUACGGCUUCAGCAGCGGCGGCUUCGUGUACUUCCUGACGGUGCAGCCGGAGACCCCCGAGGACGGGGCAGGUGAGGGGGCGGCCGCAGACCUCUUCUACACCUCCCGAAUCGUGCGUCUCUGCAAGGGCGAUGCCAAGUUCCACUCGUAUGCUUCGCUGCCGCUGGGGUGCACACACGGGGGGGUGGAGUUCCGCCUUCUGCAGGCCGCGUACCUCUCCACGGCCGGCCCCGCCCUCGGCGCCGCGCUCAACCUCAGCGCCCAGGACCAUGUGCUCUUCGCCGUCUUCGCCAAGGGCCAGAAGCGCUACCUGCGCCCCCCCGAGCACUCCGCCCUCUGCGCCUUCCCCCUGCGCGACAUCAACGCCCGCUUCCAGCAGCGGCUGCGCUCCUGCUACCAGGGAGAGGGACACCUGCAACUGCACUGGCUGCUGGGAAAGCAUGUACACUGCACCAAAGCGCCUGUCCCCAUUGAUGACUCGUUCUGCGGGCUGGACAUUAACCAGCCGCUGGGUGGCAGCCAGAUGGUGACCGGCCUGACGCUCUUCACCGAGACGCAGGACCGGGUGACUGCAGUGGCCGCCUAUGUCUAUGCCGGGCACUGCGUAGCCUUCCUGGGCACCCGGAGCGGCCGGCUCAAGAAGGUGCGAGUGGACGGGCCCCCUAGUGGCGGGCUGCAGUAUGAGACGCUGUCAGUCAUAAGCGAUGGCAGCCCUGUCCUCAGGGACAUGGCCUUCUCCCUGGACGGCAACUUCCUCUAUGUCAUGUCUGAGAGAGAGGUGCGGCGGGUCCCCAUCGCAUCAUGUGAGCAGUACAGGACAUGUGGAGAGUGCCUGCAUUCGGGAGACCCCCACUGCGGCUGGUGCAUCCUCCACAACAAGUGCUCCAGGAGGGGGCGCUGUGACCGCGCAGAGGAGCCCUUCCGAUUCGCCACGACCAUCAGCGAGUGCGUCAGAGUGACCGUGCUCCCCAGCAGCGUUGCAGUGACCCGAUCCAGCGUGCCGCUCCUGGUGACGGUCAGUGGAGCCCCUGACCUGUCUGCAGGUGUCACCUGCUCCUUUGGGAAACUGAAGGAGGUUGAGGCGCAGGUUAAUGGCAACCAGAUCACCUGUGUUUCCCCACCUGUCAGAGAUGUGCCGCCCGUUCCAGCUGGCCAAGACUGGUCCAGCAUGGAGCUGAGGCUGAACUCCAAGGAGACGGGUCACAUGCUGACCAGCACAGAGGUGAAGUACUACAACUGCAGCCUCCACCAGCUGUGUCUGUCGUGCGUCAGCAGCCCCUUCCGCUGCCACUGGUGUAAGUAUCGGCACGUCUGCACCCAUCUGCCCAGGAGCUGCUCCUUCCAGGAGGGCCGGCUUAACACCUCACAGGAGUGCCCUCAGCUGGUGCGCUCGGGGGAGAUUCUGAUCCCGGCGGGCGAGACUCAGCCCAUCACCCUGCGAGCACGAAACCUGCCCCAGCCCCAGUCCGGACAGCGCGGGUACGAGUGCAUCCUCAACAUCCAGGGCGUCGUCCACCGCGUCAACGCGCUGCGCUUCAACAGCUCCAGCGUGCAGUGCCAGAACAGCUCGUACUUGUAUGAAGGGAUGAAGAUCAGUGAGCUGGCUGUGGAUUUGACCGUUCUCUGGAACAGCGAUUUCAUCAUCGAUAAUCCUGAGGGUGUUAAAGUGCACCUGUAUAAGUGCGCGGCGCAGCGAGAGAGCUGUGGGGCGUGUCUGAAGGCUGACAGGCGUUACCGCUGCGGCUGGUGUGGGGGGGAGGGCCGCUGCACCCUCCACCAGCACUGCCCCGCCCACAGCCACACCCGCUGGCUGGACCCCGCCCACAGGAGUGGCAGGUGCACCAAUCCGCACGUCUCUGAGGUGACUCCCCUGGCUGGUCCCCCUGAGGGGGGUACACUGGUGACAGUGCGGGGCUCGAACCUGGGCCUGUCCUUCUCGGAGCUGGUGGGGAAUGUGCGGGUGGCGGGAGUGAGGUGCUCCCCCCGCCAGGACGGCUACGUCAUCGCAGAGCAGGUUGUGUGUGAGAUGGACUCAGCGCCUGCGGACAGCGGGCCAGGCCCGGUGCAGCUGUGUGUUGGAGAGUGCCGAACAGAACUGCAGACCCGCUCCUCCCAGCUCUACUCCUUCAUGACGCCGUCUGUGACGGGUGUGUCCCCCGCCCGGGGCCCGGAGUCGGGGGGCACCAAGGUGACCAUCUUGGGGGACAACGUAGGGGUGGGGAGCCAUGUGGAGGUCCUGUUUGGGAACCAGACCUGCGAGUUCUACAGGCGGACCACAGCAGAGAUCGUCUGCAUCUCCGCCCCCUCCCUCACAGGACUGGGUCCGGUGCCAGUCAGUGUCAGAGUGGACCGAGCCCGGGCCAAAGGCAGCCUGGUCUUCCACUACAUCGAGGACCCCACUGUCCAGCACAUUGAACCUGAGUGGAGCAUCAUCAGUGGACACACCCCCCUGACUGUCACCGGCACCAACCUGGACGUGGUGCAAGAGCCUCGCAUUCGCGUCAAGUACGGUGGCCGGGAGUCUGUUAAUGUGUGUAAGGUACUGAACACCUCCACGCUGAGCUGCUCCGCCCCCUCUCUGGAGACGGAGCACCUGCGUGGUGUCGACUCCCUGCGCCAUGCGGAUGAGAUCGGCUUCAUCUUUAACAACGUGCAGGCGCUGCUCACCUACAACAGCAGCAGCUUCACCUACUACCCAAACCCCGCCUUCGAGCCGCUCAGCGCCUCCGGCGUGCUGGAGCAGAAGUCUGGGUCCCCUGUGAUCCUCAAGGGCAGGAACUUGGUGCCUCCAGCGCUGGGCGGGGCCAGGCUGAACUACACAGUGCUGAUUGGAGACACGCCCUGUUCCCUCACUGUCUCUGACAGUCAGCUGCUCUGCGAAGCGCCCAACCUCACCGGCCAGCACAAAGUCCUGGUGCGUGUGGGCGGGCUGCGUGUCUCCCUCGGCGCGGUGCUCUUCCGCUCGGACAGCGCUCUCUCGCUGCCGGCCAUCAUCAGCAUGGCGGCCGGCGCAGGUCUGCUGCUCCUCAGCAUCAUCCUGGUCCUCCUCGCCUACAGACACAAGUCGCGGCAGAACCACCUGACCCUCAAGCGCCUGCAGCUGCAGAUGGACAGCCUGGAGUCCCGCGUCGCCCUGGAGUGCAAGGAAGCCUUCGCUGAGCUGCAGACCGACAUCAACGAGCUGACCAGCGACCUGGACCGCUCAGGUAUCCCUCACCUGGACUACCGCACCUACAGCAUGCAGGUGCUCUUCCCAGGCAUGGAGGCCCACCCCGUUCUGAGGGAGCUGGAGGUGGCUGGCAGCAGGCAGCAGGCUGUGGAGACGGCUCUGCGUCAGUUCGGCCAGCUGCUGCACAGUAAGCUGUUCCUGCUGAGCUUCAUCCGCACGCUGGAGGCUCAGCGCUCCUUCUCCAUGCGGGACAGGGGCAACGUGGCGUCCCUCAUCAUGACCGCGCUGCAGGGCCGGCUGGAGUACGCCACCGACCUGCUCAAACAGCUGCUGGCCGAGCUCAUCCAACACAACCUGGAGAGCAAGAACCACCCCAAACUGCUGCUGCGCAGAACUGAGUGUGUUGCUGAGAAGAUGCUCACCAACUGGUUUGCCUUCCUGCUCCACAAAUUCCUGAAGGAGUGUGUGGGGGAGCCUCUCUUCAUGCUGCACUGUGCCAUUAAGCAGCAGAUGGAGAAGGGUCCCAUAGACGCAGUGACCGGGGAGGCGCGUUACUCUCUCAGCGAGGACAAGCUCAUACGCCAGCAGAUAGAGUACAAGAGCCUGACGCUGGAGUGUGUGAACCCCGACAGUGAGAACGGUGCCCGGAUCCCUGUGAAAGUGCUGGACUGUGACACAGUGACGCAGGUGAAGGAGAAGAUCUUGGACGCCGUGUAUAAGAACGUUCCCUUCUCUCAGAGACCCUGCGCUGCUGACAUGGACCUGGAGUGGCGGCAGGGACAGUUGGCUCGGGUGGUUCUGCAGGAUGAGGAUAUCACCACUAAGAUAGAGAACGGCUGGAAACGGCUCAACACCCUCACACACUACCAGGUGUCAGAUCGCUGCACGGUUGCACUGGUGCCCAAGCAGACGUCCUCUUACAACAUCGCCCCAUUGGUCAGCAUCCCUCGCACCAUCAGCCGAUACGAUUUGACGUUCCGCCACACCUCUGGCAGCCCGGACAGCAUGCGGUCACGUGCCCCCAUGAUCACCCCUGACCUGGAGAGCGGGGUCAGGGUGUGGCACCUGGUCAAGAACCACGAGCAGGGUGACCAGAAGGAGGGUGACCGCGGGAGCAAGAUGGUGUCCGAGGUCUACCUGACCAGGCUGCUGGCCACCAAGGGGACGCUGCAGAAGUUUGUGGACGACCUGUUCGAGACGCUCUUCAGCACGGCGCACCGCGGCAGCGCCCUGCCUCUCCCCAUCAAAUACAUGUUCGACUUCCUGGAUGAGCAGGCAGACAAGCACGGCAUCUACGACACUGACGUGCGGCACACGUGGAAGAGCAACUGCCUCCCUCUCAGGUUCUGGGUGAACGUGAUUAAGAACCCACAGUUCGUCUUCGACAUCCACAAGAGCAGCAUCACGGACGCCUGCCUGUCGGUGGUGGCCCAGACCUUCAUGGACUCCUGCUCCACCUCCGAGCAUCGGCUGGGCAAGGACUCCCCCUCCAACAAGCUGCUCUAUGCCAAGGACAUCCCCAACUACAAGAGCUGGGUGGAGAGGUAUUAUGCGGAUAUCAGCCGCCUGCCAGCGAUCAGUGAUCAGGACAUGAACGCCUACCUGGCUGAGCAGAGCCGGCUGCAUUGCUCUGAGUUCCACACGCUCAGCGCCCUGCAUGAGAUCUACUCCUACGUCAGCAAGUACAGCCAAGAGAUCGUUGCGGCACUGGAAGAGGACGAGCAGGCCAGGAAGCAGCGGCUGGGCCAGAAAGUGGAGCAGGUGAUUGGAGCCAUGUCCCGGGAGAGCUGAGGGAGAGAGACGUCCAGCCAGACUCCCGCACACGCCACGGACCGGAGACACACCCCUUUACCUCACUUUCAGUGGACAGAGACAGCUGCUGCAGGCAUCAAGGACUCCUCCGAAAAGAUCAGUAUUAGUGGCUGUGGAGUCGAGAGAGAGAGGAGGUGGCAGACUCUCCCAGAGGAGCCCUGGAGGGGCAGAGAUCAGACUCCCUGAACCCCUUCUCCAAGGGACAUGAACUCACACAGAAACCACAAGGGGGUGGAAGGAGAGCUGGCACAAUGAGCUGAUUAAUCUAUUCAGAGUAAUAACAUUACAUUGAUUAUCCUCUAAAUAUCUUAGUCCUUUUCUCUCUGCAUCUCUCAGAAGAAAUUUCUCUCCAUUUUUAAUACGCUGCCAGGCUACGGCAUCGGGCACCCGGAGUUGUCAACAUUUAGAGAACAUCUUUUUGCCAGUUCAUCAAUAUGUUAUUACUCCAAACAGAUGUCAGCAUGGGAGC